CAAUAUCAACAGCAACUUGUUGUAAUGUAGCAGCUCUUGAAUAUUUUAUUUAAAGACCCUAAAAAUCCCUUACCUAGAUGACCCUUACUCAAAAAUCUUGUUUUUCCAUGAAAGUGUUGACAGGACAUGUUCUGCCUGACAUUUGCUCUUUGCUCACAAUAUAAGGUCAUGCAAACUGCAGUAAUGAUUUGGCUGCCCGGAUUAUGUAAACGUGGGAUGAACUAUGAACAUGUCACCUGAGGAUAGUGCAUACGUGGAGCAAACUAUGGACACUUCACCUGAUGUGAUGAGUAAUGAGUUAUAUAAGUUACAAGGCAACUACGCAUGUCCAAAAGGAUUGUAAUAGUCAGCAAAUUCCAUUGUCAGUUAGCUUCUGCGCAUGCUCUGUAAAAUUGUAUAAAUUGGAAAGCCACUACAGGCAAGGGGUGGCAUUGCGUUUCUUGGGCAUUAGCUAACAUUGUCACCUGCUCUUGGCCAAAAGUAAACUAUCUUGAAGACAACUUCUGCUGUCAGUCUGCUUUCUUCACCCGCGUCCAAACAAAAUUCCACAACAAAUUGGUGACCCCGACGUGAUAUCGGGCCGGGUGAGUGUGAAAGGGACUAGAGGCCAUUUGGGGGCCUACCCGACGUCCACUCGGGGUGAGCAGGGUGUACGCACAGGGGAAAAGCGAGAAGGGUACCCACAAAUAACAAGCCGCUAACCCCCUCUCGUCCUCCCUGCUCUUGCUACCGACUGGGGUCGUGGGGACAUUGAGAAGUUGUUUUCAAGAACAAGUAGGGCCAGCGCUGACAGGAAAAGAUCGAUCCACAGGGAAGGUAUGGAAAGGGGACGUUUAGCUGCAGAUAAAAGAGUCCUGGAGAAACCUGAUAGAGCAGGCGCUUCUCCAACAAGAGGACUUGUCCCCGGAGGAACUUGAUAGAGCAGGCUCUCCUCCACCAAAAGGAUAAUACAGUGGGAUCUUGGUGGCAAGACCCAUCUGUGUACUUAAAAGAAAAACAAAAGUCCAGGGGACUUUUGACCUGGCCAGGCUACUGUAAUAUUUCUCAUUGGAUUGUUUAGAAUGAGGUCUAAAUUUAUAACGGCGUUAAAUCCUCAAAAGGGUCUUAACUGUAUACUGGAAUACUAUUUCUUUGUUAAUAUGCAUAGGUAUGUAAGAAAAUGUCAGAGCAAAAAAGACUAUGUUUGUUUAGAAUGAAUGUGUAUGUGCAAGGCCGGCAUGUUUGAAAAUGUGUGAAGUGAAAGACUGUAAAUUCUCUGUAUAUUUGGCUGAAUAUUUUUAGAAAGAAGAGAGGCUUUUCUGUGUUUUGAAAGAAAGAAACUUGCAGUUGAGUAGUCUAUUGAAAUGUGUGGCUGGAUGGCCAUCUGUCAGGGUGCUUUGAAUGUGAUUUUCCUGCUUCUUGGUGGUGGGGUUGGACUGGAUGGCCCACAAGGUCUCUUCCAAUUCUAUAAUUCUAUAUGUGUGUCAGCUGAGGUUAGCUGUAUUAUGUUUUUGACCGUUGUUUAUGGUCACCCCUUUCUCUAUAACUGUUUAUAAAACUAUAAAAAAGUAUUAAAGGAGGAUCCUUGUUACUUCUCCUGAAUAAUGCAUGCUUAGGAAUAGGAAAAAUAUUUAUACAUGUGAGCAUCAUAUUUUAAAUAUCUUUUGUGCAUAUGCAUUGAUUAUCAGAAAUGCAAUUGUGUAUGUACAAACACACACACACAACCACAACAGGGACAGGUUGUUUUAAAAGAAAGCUAUGUAAAGAUUUUUCAGAAUCCUAUUUUAAAAUUACACAAUGAAAAGAUAGCUGUGAUCCACAUUUAUUUUCAUACCUCCGUGAAGAGUUGUCUUUCUGCCUGUUUCAUCAGGUUUCAUUAAUUCCACUAGAUUUUUCUUCUGGACACGUCAGUAAAUUCUAUAACCAUUUGAAUGAUCAAUGUAAUGGGCCAGCCAAGAUCUUCAGAGACCAAAAAUUUGCCUCUGUUACCCUUCCAUCCAAGCAUAUUUCCAUUUUUGUUGCUGUUUGUUGCAGUCUAGUACACUUAGCUUAAGGAAAAUAGAACAGGGAGUCCACAGAAAAUGGCUAGAAAUGAGAUGUAGAAAUAAAUCUUCGUUCUUACAAAAUAUUUGUUAAUGAAAGGUAAAAAGAGACUGGACUUGGAAAAUCUGGGCACUAUGCCCAGAAGUGAGAGGUCAAUUUUGAGCAGAUAAGAGUGAUGUCCUGGCCAUCGGCCCAGGAAAAAGAUAGUGAAAAUACAAAUAUUGCACUGGGGGAAAAAGUGAAAUAGGCUGAAGAGGUUUCUGUGGAUUAGAAUCCCCAGAAUCCCCAUAUGAAGGAAGAAAAAGGAUCCUUGGUGUAGUAGCUUGUUGUUGUAUGGUUUUGUUUUUAGAUGCAAAAAGCUUCAAGAGAUUAAAACGUUGUUUAAGAAUGUUUAAAGAAAGUUAGUGAAGAGAUGGGUUGUAGUGAAAGUUAGUGAAGAGAUUGCUGUGGUCUAAAUGAAAGGCAUUUUUUUUAAAAAAGGCAAAGGUUUGGGAGUAAAAUUGCCAGGAGAGAGUUUGUGUCAGAGGAAAAGUGAAGUGAGAAGAGAAAUAGAGUUGUUGUUAGAAGAGGAGGGAUUUUGAAUCAGCUAUAAGUCAGAAAAGAAAAGGUAAUAUAUUUAAAUAUUCUGGAGAGAGGGCGCUCCUGUCUGCUUGAGGCACGUGUGAAUGUUGCGGUUUGCCACUUUGAUUGGUGUUUAGUGGCCUUGUAGUUUCGGGGCCUGGCUGGUUACUGCCUGGGAGGGGGUCCUUUGUUGAAAGGUGUUGGCUGCCCCUGAUUGGUUUUUGUCUGGAAUUCACCCUGUUUUUUGAAUGUUGCUCUUUAUUUGCUUUCCUGAUUUUAGAGGUUUUUUUUAUUCCUGGUGGCCAGUUUUUUGUUCAUUUUCAUUGUUUCCUCUUUUCUGUUGAAAUUGUCCACAUGCUUGUGGGUUUCAGUGGCUUCUCUGUGUAGUCUGACAUGGUGGUUAUUGAAGUGUUCUAUCGUUUCUGUGUUCUCAUAUAAUAUGUUGUGCCCAGGUUGGUUCAUCAGGUGCUUUGCUAUGGCUGACAUCUCAGGUUGAGUUACUCUGUGGGGCCUUUCAUGUUCCUUGAUUUGUGUUUGGGCAACUGCCCCAUGUAAGCCGCCCCGAGUCCCCGUGGGGAGUUGGUGGUGGGAUAUAAAUAAAGUAUUAUUAUUAUUAUUAUUAUUAUUAUUAUUAUUAUUAUUAUUAUUAUUAUAAUGCUGCAUUUGGUGGUCCCUAUGUGAACUUGUCAACAGCUGCAUGGUAUACGGUAGACUCUUGCAGAGGCGAGAGGAUCUCUCUUGUCCUUUGCUGAACAUAGCAUUUGUUGGAUUUUCUUAGUAGAUCUGUAGAUUGUUUGUAUCUUGUGUUUCUUUAUCAGUUCCGUUAUGUGGUCAGUGGUUCAAACAUGAGCCUUCUUAUGUUUGUGAUUCAGGAGCCAAACUUAUGUUGUAUACUGUGAUUCAUGUUGAAGCAAAUCUGUGUUGUUCUAUAAUGUAGAAACUUGAAUAUUUGAAAUGGUGGCCUUUCCCUUCUUCUUAAAGGUUAGGAGACCUGCCUCACAAAAAGGUGAUAUUAGUAUCUGUGUUCCUGAAUUUCAGUAGUCCUUUAUUUGGAACAGUAAAGUGAGGGUUUGUGAUACAUGGUUUAAGCAGUUUCCUCCCUCUCUUUCAGUUAUAUGGGGCUAAUGGUUAAAGCAUUGUGUUUUAUUCUGCUUUAUUUAAAUCCUGGGUUAUCUUACUAUAAUCAGGCCUCUUCCACUGGGUAUAUUUGCAUUAGGGCUCUAAAGUCAAAAGGACAUGGAGAACCAAAAAGAAAAAAAAGGAGAAAGGGCUCCUGUUUUGAUCAAGAUUCAAAGGGGGGAUGUGAUCCAGGAAAUAAAAGGCUUCAGAAGAUGAUAUGCAUGUAUAGGAUCUGAGAACUUUUAUGAUUGUUAAUUGUAUUUAUUUAAAUUGCAGGAGAAUAAGGAAAGUACUGGAGACAUCAGAAAAAGCCUUUCUGAAGGCUGGCAAGUGAACUAACAACUUUGUUUAAGUUUAACAGGAAUUUAAAGUGGCCACCAUCUACAGAAGACCAAGUUUAUGAAGAAAAUUGCAAUUGCCAUAAUACAUUGGGAGUUACAGUAUCAAUUGAAUAAUAAAUAAUAUGCACAUAUUGUUUGUGUUUUGUAGUUUUCAAAAGAACCAGAAUAGGAAAAAAGGAGUACAUUAAAAAAAACACACAUGCUGGAAAUGAUGACAUUGGUUAUUCAUAAUUUUGUGCUAAUGAUUACUGACUAUAUAUGUUUGUUUCAGAAAGUCAGAGCUGGCAGCCUCAGAUUUCUGGAAUAAACAGAAUUUGCUCAUUUCAAGAGAAUUAAUGAUUAAUGGUACAGGGGAAAGGAAGUGCAAACAUUGCUUUUACAGCAUUAAGAAAGGUACAGUGGAACUGGGGUUCAAAUCACAUACACAUGGUUAAUCAAAAGUUAAAAGUGAUUUCUACAGUUAAAUAAAGGUUUUACAUUUCAAAAAGGUCUACAUUUACUUGGGUGCUGGGAAAACAGACAAAUGGAAAGAUUUGAUUUAUAGUUUAAAUAAAACUGUAUAAAACAUAUGGUCUAGUGAUACCAUCCUAAGAUGAAGCCUGAAAAGUAUGAUAAUUAUUGGGAAAUUCUGGAAUUCCAGGGUAUAUAUGUUUUGAUUGGACAAAAUAAUGAUAAAUAAAAGAAGAAAAGAGAGAAGCAGAAAGCAACAACAGAGGGUUCAGUGUUUAAAGGCUGCCCUGGAGACAGGGUAAACUAAAGAAGGACAUUCAAACUCAUGGAAAGGGCCGCCAGGAUCAAUGGCCCUACACUAGCAUUAAGGGCUUUGCUCAUUUUAAUUUUUGGCUUAUAGGGUACCUUGUCAAAAGAUGUUAAAAAUUAACAAUGCAGUUUUAAGUACAAUAAUGGUACACAAUCAAGAUAAUUGCUUUAUUACUUUAACCAAAAGUACCCAAAGGUUGAUUUUUAUAAAUCAAAUCAAUGAUUUUGAUGGCUUUCAGAUAAUAUGUUUAUGAGGUUUUACCUGAAAAUGAAAGAAGUGUAUACUGCACACUUGUAUUGUGAUUUUCACUAACCUAGCUACAGAAGAGGUGAUAAAAUCUAUAUUUCUAAUAUUGUGGGCUACAGUUGGAGAAAUGGCAGCAUUAAAAAUUGGUAGAUAAUUUUUGAUUUUCAGGAUUCCUCAGGACUAAAGACUACUAAUAAGAUUGAAUAGGUGCCUACCUAUCAGCACCUACACUGGAAGAUACUGACACAACAUAUGCCCUGUUUACACCUGCAGAAGGAUGAGAAAAAUUAAGACUAGACUCUACCACAAGACACACUGUCUUGCCCAGUGUACAGUCUGCACCUGUGAAUCCAUGGAUAUAUGUGAACUGUCAUAUCCUUUGUUUAUUUAUAGUGAUACUUUGGUUUUGACCCUUGCUUUCUUUAAGUUUCUGUAUUUUUAUAGACACAAGCUUUUGGAUACUGAAAAUACCUUUCAAACAAGUCUGAGUGGACCUAAGCUGACCUCAGGUGGCCCAAAUCAUACAUUGUUCCAUGAAGAUAGUUUAUAUGAAAUUGCAACAGAUGUUCUAUAUUUUGUUCUAUGUUAACGAUGUAAGGGGAAAUUGGAUCACAACACUGUUAUUCUACCAUAUACAGCCUGAAACAGGAGACAGCUCAUCAUGUCUGCUGGCUCUGGUUAUGAUAUCCAGAGUUUGUUCUAAAAGGGUUACAAGGUAUUGUCAUAGGCCCUCCAAAUAUAUUCUCACAUGUCCCUGAUGGCCUAGAUGCCAUUAGGAUCAGACACAUGAGAGAUAAGGCAACGAUGGCUGGAAUGUGACUUUGGUGUGAAAAUUGUCUUCAAGACAUAUACAGUUCCACCUCUGCUGUCAGCCGCGCCUUGAAAGACACUUUUGGGGCCAAGAUAUCCUAAAUACCCUAUGUUUCAGUGUUUGUUCCGGAUAACAAAUUCAAGAUCCAGAUAUGAGAUUUCUUUUUGACACAAAUGAGCUACUAAUUUUCAUUAUAUUGGUCUUUAGCAUGCUGUUUUGAGUGAAAAUAAUGCUGAUAAUUGGAUUGGUCAUACGCUGAACACUGAAAUUAAAAAAACCUGAGUUAAAUGAUAAUACAACCAUAGGUAGUUCUGGAUUGUUCAUCAAUCAGCAAAAGGGGGGUUCUGUCCCAUGACUGGAAAUUAAGGGAUAGUUAACAACUUCCAUUGAUAAUUGCUUGUUUUAUUUAUUGAUAUAUUGUUUUCCUUUGUGUUUCCAGCCCCUGAUACAGGGCCGACACAUAGGAGUUUAGUUUCCAUUGGGUCUGCCUUAUCAAUUGAGAAUAAUCUGAAGCUUACUGAGGACUGAAAAUUCUUAACCAAAAAUUAAGUGUCACCACCAGAAAGCCUGACUGAGGCUGAAAAGUAAAGUUAUUACAACAUGGGAUCAAGUAUAAAUAUAUAUGCUAACAAUGGGUUUGCUAAAGCUUCUGUAAACCAUCGCUUUGCAAAAAGGGGGGAAUAAUGUAGCAGCUCUUGAAUAUUUUAUUUAAAGACCCUAAAAAUCCCUUACCUAGAUGACCCUUACUCAAAAAUCUUGUUUUUCCAUGAAAGUGUUGACAGGACAUGUUCUGCCUGACAUUUGCUCUUUGCUCACAAUAUAAGGUCAUGCAAACUGCAGUAAUGAUUUGGCUGCCCGGAUGAUGUAAACGUGGGAUGAACUAUGAACAUGUCACCUGAGGAUAGUGCAUACAUGGAGCAAACUAUGGACACUUCACCGGAUGUGAUGAGUAAUGAGUUAUAUAAGUUACAAGGCAACUAUGCAUGUCCAAAAGGAUAGUCAGCAAAUAGUCAGCAAAUUCCAUUGUCAGUUAGCUUCUGCGCAUGCUCUGUAAAAUUGUAUAAAUUGGAAAGCCACUACAGGCAAGGGGUGGCAUUGCGUUUCUUGGGCAUUAGCUAACAUUGUCACCUGCUCUUGGCCAAAAGUAAACUAUCUUGAAGACAACUUCUGCUGUCAGUCUGCUUUCUUCACCCGCGUCCAAACGAAAUUCCACAACAGUUGGGUGCAGCCACAUUUAAAAAAUGGAACUCAUUCAUAUCUUCGACCAGAAUAUAGUGUUAAAGGCCAUUCUUGUUGAAGUGUUUUAGGGGCAGGUUGGAAUACAAACCAUCUUAAACAUUGUGUGUUAGGGCAGCAACCAAUACGGGGUGAGCAUGAGGUGUAAACAAGCUCUUUGUAUCAGGGAACUGGGAAAAACCCUUGGUUGGCAAAUCCAAGCUAUUCUGAUACAAAGAAGUUCUAUAUUUCAGAAGUAUAUUAGAUGCUUUAAACAUCAGAGGUACCAUUAUGGAAAUGAUUCAUGAGUGAUACCCUAUGGUUCUUCUCACUGGUGUAAAAAAAAUGUGAACUAGAUGGACCAAUGGGCCUAGUACCAUAUAAGGUUGUUCUCUAUAUUCUUCCUUCUCAAAAAAGAAUUCUUAGAAAAUGUGAUGGUCAUGAGUAGAUGUUCUGAGUCAUGAUUCUAUUGGUUUGACAGAGCAACUGGGAAGGAUAUAUAGAGGAGGACUUAAGAUGGGAAAAUAGAUUUAUUUAGGACACAGAAGAACACAUCAAAAUGAAGUGCUUUCUACUAACCAUCGCACUCUAUGGAGCACUUUCUUAUGCAUUACCUAUACCUCAGGAUGCUGAGGACAUUUCAGAGAAGGACAUAGAACUUGCCAAGAAAUACAUGGAAAAUUACUAUCCUGAAUCUAAGCCAGCAACAGUAUCCCGAAGCCGAAGGAGUGUCCCUACUUCAAAGAUAAGGCAAAUGCAGGAAUCUUCUGGAUUGAAAGUAACGGGCAAACUAGAUCAGAGCACAUUGGAAGCAAUGAAGAAACACAGGUGUGGGGUUCCUGAUAUUGGAGGCUUCGCCACUUUCGCAAUGAGUCCAAAAUGGGGAGUAAAAGACUUAACAUAUAGUAUUCAGAACUACACACAAAAGAUGGAGCCUGCUGAUAUUGAUGACGCAAUUGAAAGAGCCUGGAAAAUGUGGAGCGAAGUGACCCCAUUGACUUUCACCAGAGUCUACAAUGGCUCUGCAGAUAUAAGGAUCUCUUUUGUUACUGGGAAUCAUGGUGACAUUCGUCCCUUCCAAAAAGGUGACAAUCAGUUAGCUCAUGCAUUUUCACCUGCAUUUGGUGGAGAAGUCCAUUUUAAUGAUGAUAUAGUCUGGACAAAGGAUUUGGCAGGGAUCAACUUUUUUAUUGUUGCUGCCCAUGAAUUUGGCCACUCCCUGGGUCUCUAUCAUUCUAGUGUUUUGAAGGCUCUGAUGUUUGCAUUGUACCCAACUACAGACCCCGAAACCCUACGGCUUCAUAAAGAUGACAUUAAGGGCAUCCAGUCUCUUUAUGGAACUCCUGAAGUCAACACUAACUUAAGAAAACCAUCAGUAAAUAUUUUACAAGAGGCAACCUCAGCAGACUUGUGUGAUCCUCAGUUGGCUUUUGAUGCGGUGACUAAACUCCGAGGAGAGACCUUAUUCUUUAAAGACAGCUUCAUCUGGAGAAAGAAUCCUUUUAAGCAAGAAGUUGAAAAUUCAUCUGUUGGCUCUUUCUGGCCAGUUCUGAAAAGCGGCAUAGAUGCUGCCUAUGCAAUUCAAGAUAAGGAUAUGGUCUAUUUUUUUAAAGGAACUAAAUUUUGGGCUGCAAGGGCAAAUAUUAUUGAGCCAGGUUUCCCAAGGAACAUUCACAGACUUGGCUUUCCAAAAACUGUUCAGAAAAUUGAUGCAGCUGCUUAUGAUGAAAACGCCAAGAAAACAUACUUCUUUUCAGGUGACAAGUAUUGGAGAUAUGAUGAGAUCAAGAAUACCAUGGAAAGAAGUUAUCCAAGGCCAAUAACAGCUGACUUCCCUAACAUUGGUUCUAGAGUCGAUGCUGCCUUUCAACAAGAUGGACAUCUCUACUUAUUCAAUGGCUCAAAGCAAUAUGAGUUUGACAGCAGGACCAAAAAAUUUCUUGGAAGUAAGAAGGCUAACAGUUGGUUUGGCUGCAUGGAACAUAAGAAGAAUUGGGAGAAAACCGGAGACGCCAAGCCAGGAGCAAGCACAGACGAAGGUCAGGAGCCGGACCGGGUUCAGAAGCCAGAAGAGCCGAAGUAUGAGCGCCAAAGCAGGGACGCCAAGGCAAACGCCGAACUGGAAGCGCUGGAGCAGAAACAACAAGACAAACGCCGAACUGGAAGCGCUAGAGCAAAGAUGCCAAGACAAACGCCGAACUGGAAACGCUGGAUCAGGAACGCCAAGGCAAACGCCCAACUGGAAACGCUGGAGCAGAAACGCCAAAACAAACGCCAAACUGGAAUGUCGUUGUCAAGAGCCGAACAGGAGUCAGAAACCAGGAACACCGAAGCAGGAUUCAAUCCGGAUUAUCAGGAAGCUAAAUACUUAGAAAACUAUUACAACCUCACCUCAGAUGAGAAACCAGCCUUAAGAGGGAGAAACAGCAGCCCAAUAAUUAAAAAAAUCAGAGAAAUGCAAAAGUUUAUGGGACUAGAGGUGACAGGCAAUUUGGAUUCUAACACACUGGAAACAAUUCAGAAACCAAGGUGUGGAAACCCAGAUGUUGGCCAGUUUGCCUUCUUUUCAGGACAACCCAAAUGGGGAAAGAAAGACCUGACUUACAGGAUAUUGAACUAUACACCAGACAUGGAGAUACAAGAUGUGGACAAAGACAUUGAAAGAGCUUUUAAAGUCUGGAGUCGGGUAUCACCACUGACAUUCACAAGAGUUUUGCAAGGCGAUGCAGAUAUAUUGAUCUCGUUUGGUUCAAGAGAUCAUGGAGAUUUCAAUCCCUUUGAUGGUCCGGGGGGAACUGUUGCCCAUGCUUAUGCCCCCAGCAGUGGUAUUGGAGGAGAUGCUCAUUUCGAUGAAGAUGAAAACUGGAGUCAUGGCUUAGAAGGUUCCAACCUUUUUUUCGUUGCUGCUCACGAAUUUGGCCACUCGUUGGGGCUCUACCAUUCCAAUGAUCCAAAUGCUGUGAUGUUCCCAGUCUAUAGACAACCAGAACUUGGCCAACAGAUCCUCGCUCAGGAUGAUAUUCAAGGCAUUCAGCACCUCUAUGGUCCAUCAACCAACCCACCUCAAGACCCAAAAGAGGACGAUGAGCCCAUUGAACCUGUCCGGCCAACCCAACCUGCAAUGCCAACAGCAUGUGAUCCUCGUUUGAUAUUUGAUGCUGUCACUCCUUUUCGAGGAGAAAUGUUGUUCUUUAAAGACAAAUACUUCUGGCGAAAGCAUCCUCAGUAUCCACAGAUAGACUUUAGCUUAAUUUCUCAGUUCUGGUCAUUUUUACCAACUGGUGUUGAUGCUGUUUCUGAAAAUAAUGAUAAAGAUCAGGCACUUCUGUUUAAAGGUAAUCAGUUCUGGGCUGUAAGAGGUGAAUACAGGGUUCCUGGUUAUCCCAAACGUAUCCAAAGCCUAGGUUUUCCAAAAGAUGUCAAGAAAAUUGAUGCAGCAUUUUACAAUGCUAAUGAAAAGCGAACAUACUUCUUUUCUUCUGAUAAAUACUGGAGGUAUGACGAAGUUACCCAAACCCUGGAAAAGAAACCCAGAAGGAUAAGAGAUGACUUCCCUGGUAUUGAUGGGAAGAUUGAUGCUGUCUUUCAACAUAAUGGCUUGUUAUACUUCUUCAGGGGAACAAACCAAUAUGAGUUUGACCCAAACACCAGCAGAGCUGGUUAUGAGAGACAGGAUCCUAGAUAUAUUGAAUCAAUACUUAGGUUUGUUUUGUUAAUGCAAUCUAAAGGUAUAGAGUGCUUUUUUAUAAUGUGUGUUCCCCUCUUUCAGAAAUAUUUAAAUAAUUAUUACACCACUGAAAAUGAGGCCAUCGCACCAUUCUAUUAUGAUGACAAUAUCAUUUUGACUGAAAAGCUCAAGAAAAUGCAGCAAUUUUUCCGGCUGAACGUGACUGGGAAACCUGACAAUGAAACCUUGGCAGUGAUGAAGAAAGCCAGGUGUGGGGUACCAGACCUUGGAGAUUUUGUCCUCACUGAUGGGAAUCCCAAGUGGAAAAAGAACAAUAUCACAUAUAGGAUUGUAAAUUACACACCAGAUAUGCAUCCGUCUGAUGUGGACAAAGCAAUAGAAAAAGCCUUUGAAGUUUGGAGCAAAGCAUCACCCCUGACCUUCAAAAGACUUUAUGAUGGCAUAGCUGAUAUAAUGAUGUCUUUUGAAAUACGAGACCACGGAGACAAUUCUCCUUUCGAUGGACCUAAUAACUACCUGGCACAUGCCUUUUCGCCAGGAGACAAUAUUGGUGGAGAUGUCCAUUUUGAUGAAGAUGAAUUAUGGACCACCAAAGGUUCACGAGGCUACAACCUUUUUCUUGUUGCUGCCCAUGAGCUUGGGCAUUCUCUUGGUCUCUUUCAUUCCACUGAUCCUGGGGCAUUGAUGUACUCCGAAUACUCUUACACAGCACCUAAUUUAUUUCAGCUUCCUCAGGAUGAUAUCAAUGGCAUCCAAGCCAUCUAUGGUAAAGCAAAUAGCAAAGUCCAGCCAACAGGACCCACAACACCAACAGCAUGUGAUCCCAGCACCACUUUCGAUGCUGUUACCACUUUACGUGGAGAAAUUAUGUUCUUUAAAGAGAGGUUUCUCUGGCGUAAACACCCUCAGGUGGGCAUAGAUCUCUAUUUCAUUGCCCUCUUCUGGCCAAGUCUGCCAACUCAUAUCGAUGCUGCCUAUGAAAAUUAUGAAAAAGACCAAUUGGUUAUUUUUAGAGGAAACCAAUACUGGGUUCUAAAUGGAUAUGACAUCCAAGCUGGAUACCCCAAAAUAAUCUACAGUCUGGGCUUCCCCAAAACUGUGAAGAAAAUUGAUGCUGCAUUCAGUGAUCCAGAAUCAGGAAAAACUUAUUUCUUUGCUGGUAAACAGUACUGGAGAUAUGAUGAAAUCAGCCAGACCAUGGAAAAUGGCUAUCCGAAAUAUACAGCACAACAUUUUAGAGGAGUCGGCCCCAAAAUUGAUGCUGCUUUACAGCAUGAUGGGUAUAUCUACUUCUUCCAGGGCACAGAUGUGGUCCAAUACAAUCUUAACAGCCAAAGAGUUCAGUCUGUUCAAAGAAGUAAUAGCUGGUUGAAUUGUUAACUGUGCUGUCAAUGUUAUCGAUUAAUAACUGUUGGCUUCCAUUCUGAAUAGCACCACAUUUUAAUUCAGAUAUCCAAGGUGCUAGAAACUCUCUCCAAAACAGAUUCAGCACCAUGGAUAACACCAAGUUUGGAAUGGUUGUUGCUACCUGAGAAUCAAUCCCAAUGCAAAUACAGUUAUUGAAAACUCAGCAAUGACUUUAUUUUGUUAUCCCAACAAACUAGCUCCAGUGCAUUUUCUUCUGCUUAUAUUUUGCAACAGUUUGAUUCUGCCUCUUCAAUAAAGUGUUUUUAUUGGGACAGUUGUGUGUGUUUCUUUUGGCAUUAACUCCUAAGAACACUUUGUGCAACAGUGUGGUUAUCUGUUACAGUAAGGUCAAUUGCUGACUACAUGCAAACAUUGCAAUAUUACAUUUCAUAAGCAUUUCAUAAGCACCUAUGAAAAAGUGAAGUGAAGUUGAUACUUUCAUUAUUCAUAGUCAGGGUUGGUACAUUUACACCCAUUUCAUAUCAUUAUUUCCUUGUGCCACGCUGGAUAAUUGACUGGUGGGAAGCAAGAGAUGACUGAACAGUGUCUGGCUAUUUCCAGUCCUCCACAUCUGUGGGUUAAAGUAAUGAGGUGACUUUAUGUAAACUUUCUUGAAGGGCGGGGAUUUUCAUUGUAUGAUAGAGGAAGAAAUUCUCUGCAAUGACAAAAAAAACAUACCCACAUUUUUCUAAAAGGUGAUGAAAGAAACCAACAAAAUGAUUACUAAGAAAAUUUAGAAAUAUCCAGAAAUGUGCUUAUACUAUUGGGUUUGUUUCAGGAGAUAAUUAACAAAGAUGCUGUAGGAAUUUGCCAGUAUAGUAUUAUGGCAGCAAGAAUCACAACAGCAAAAUCUUGGAAGAAGGGAAAAGAGCUACUUAUUAAGGAUUGGGGAAGAAAAUUGGUCAAAUAUAUUCAAAUGGCAAGAUUUCCAAUGGCAUAAGGGGAGGAAACAAAGAAGAAUUUGCAAGAAAAUGCAGACUGGCCUUUGGGUAUUUAAAAAAGAAGACAAAAAUAGAUUUUGAAAUAACCAAACAGAGGAUUUAUUAGUGUAAUGAUAAGGACAGUUUUUUUUAAGAUAUUACUUCCAUAUGGUGUGGUGUUGGAAAUCAUGGGUGGUGGUUCACGAGUGGGAAUGGGGAGGUUGCGGGACAGGGGAAAUAAUACUUGCAUUUUGAUGGUUGAAUCUCAAAGAUUGUAUAUUGUUGUUUUUUUCCUCAUAUAUCACACUAAAAAUUCAUACAAAAAGACCCAUACCUAGACAUAAAUUGCAUAUAACACCUAUGUUAUAUCAAAUAAGGAUGCUAACUACUUUUCUCAACUCUUCUGGAAACUUAGAAAUAAAAAAGAUGCAUUGAGCAGUGCUGAAGUUUGUUUUCUGCUGAUCUUGAGUCUAGGAUAUGGCGCAAUAGAUUCAAAUUUACAUUUGAGGGCACAUACACACAUGUGUUUGAAGUGUGAUGCCAUAUUACCAAAAGUUGAUUUCUUUACAUGGAACCAAACCUAAAUGAGAUGAACCAGGAACCAAUUUCACAAAGCAAUGAUCUUUAAUAAACCCUUAUUUUUACAUUUUGUGACAUUUAUUGGCACAGUGCUGUAAGUCAAAUUUUUAUUUUGU